CAACCCAAUAAUAAACAUAGUUUUUGGUGCGCUAACCGACUAAAAAGAGUGAAGAGUGACCUGCAUCACAUCAAACUCAAGUUUUUUAUCAUUCACUGAAUCACACUUCCACUUACGCGCCACCACCAAUGUCGGCGGUGAAACCACCGCUAUUAUCAUCAUCUUCAUCUUCUUCUUCCAUGCUCACUAUUCGAGGAUCUCUGCUAACCCUAGCAAUUCUAACUCUGGUAUCAUUCACUUUUCUCUCUCUUAAAUCUCUCCAUCCUCCUUCCUCCUCUUCCACCACCACCACCACCGUACCAAUUCUCUCUCAUCGAAUUUCUUCCGACGAAAAACAUGAGGAGAGAGAAGAGUUGUCGGAAGUUUAUCAUUCGCCGGAGAUCUUCAGCUUGAAUUACGCGCAAAUGGAGAAGAAAUUCAAGGUUUAUAUAUACUCCGAUGGUGAUCCCAAUACUUUCUAUCAAACUCCGAGGAAGCUCACUGGAAAGUAUUCAAGUGAAGGUUAUUUCUUCCAGAACAUUCGAGAGAGUCGCUUUCGUACUCAAGAUCCUGAUCAGGCUCAUCUCUUCUUUAUCCCCAUUUCUUGCCAUAAGAUGCGUGGCAAGGGGACUUCAUAUGAGAAUAUGACUAUAAUUGUCAAGGACUACGUUGAGAGUUUAAUAGCCAAGUAUCCUUACUGGAAUAGAACUUUGGGAGCUGAUCAUUUUUUGGUCACUUGUCAUGAUGUUGGAGUGAGGGCGUUUGAGGGGUUGGAAUAUCUUAUAAAGAAUUCGAUUCGAGUCGUGUGCUCCCCGAGCUAUAACGUAGGGUUCAUCCCACACAAAGAUGUUGCUUUGCCUCAAGUACUACAGCCGUUUGCUCUUGCUGCUGGAGGAAACGAUUUAGAAAACAGGACAAUUCUUGGAUUUUGGGCUGGUCAUCGUAACUCCAAGAUUAGAGUUAUCUUGGCAAGAGUAUGGGAGAAUGACACAGAACUUGAUAUUUCAAACAACAGAAUCAGUAGGGCUACUGGGCCUUUGGUAUAUCAGAAGAGGUUCUACAGGAACAAAUUCUGCAUAUGCCCUGGUGGCUCUCAAGUUAACAGUGCUCGUAUUACAGAUUCUAUCCAUUACGGUUGCGUUCCUGUGAUUUUAUCUGAUUACUAUGAUCUGCCUUUCAAUGACAUCCUUGAUUGGCGGAAAUUUGCCGUUGUGCUGAGGGAGAGAGACGUCUACCAGCUGAAGCAAAUCCUUAAGGAUAUACCAGACACAGAAUUUGCACGCCUGCAUAUGAAUCUGGUCAAGGUCCAAAAACAUUUUCAGUGGAAUACGCCUCCUAUCAAGUAUGACGCUUUCCAUAUGGUUAUGUAUGAGCUCUGGCUACGGCACCAUGUGAUCAAGUACUGAAUCCUAUUUUGACGUGAAGUACCGAGUUGCUUUCACGUACGUUGUGUACAAUCCAAAGAUUUCCGGAUCACUCGUGAAGAUCAAAGGAAAGUGCUGCUAAUUCUGUAGUUCUGUAAAUUAUGACCUGCUGUUUUGUCGCACGAUAGUGACUCUUUCCUCCCUGAAAGUCUGAAGAUAAUUAAUAUACGUAGGGUAUGUCAAAUUUUGGAGGUUUACAACAUUAUUCAUUCAAUUUGUAAUUCUUUUUUCACCUGUAAUUUGUUAUAUCUUAACAAGAAAGAUCCGCAGUAUCAACCAUUCAAUUACAACAGAUCGAUGCAGGAGAGGUGUUCAAAUUGGUGGAUUUCA